AUGAACAUAGCUCGCCACAAAUUGAUCCACACAGGACUGAGAAUGUUCACCUGCGAUCUAUGCGAGUAUAGCACUAACCAGAAGUCCAAUCUAGAGUGCCAUCGUCGUCGGCACGCGAAGGACUAUAAUUUUAAAUGCGAAACGUGUGGCAAAGGCUUUUUUCACAGGACCGAGUAUAUGGAACACGAGAACGUGCACACAAACAAUGCGCACACGAACAAGAGUAUGUAUCGCUGCGAGCAUUGUUGUAAGCACUUCGUGUAUAAGAAGAACCUACUUGUGCAUCUGGUAACGCAUCAUGCCGACAAACCAACUUCUGCGUCUACGAGAAACACGAGAACAAGACACGCGUGUAACUUUUGUCAGGAAAGAUUUGUGUACAAGAGAUUGUUGGAGAGGCAUAUGAAAAAUCAGCACGGAUUCACAGACGCGCCGACAAAGCAUUUGUGCGACAUUUGCGGCGCGGAAUUAUCGUCGAUGAGACGACUGAUGGUGCACAAGCGCAAUCACAUGGGGGAGAAAAUCUUUGAGUGUGUCACGUGCAACAAGAAGUUCGCCAGCAAGGAAAAUCUGAGCAUCCAUAAGCGAACGCACACUGGCGACAAACCGUAUGUGUGUCCGCAAUGUGACCGCGGUUUCACGCAGAGGACAUCCUUGGUGCUGCAUCUGCGAUAUCAUUCGGGUCAGAGACCUUAUCAAUGUUCGGAUUGUAACAAGGGCUUUGUGUCCAACACCUUGCUCAAGAGACAUCGCAAAGUGCACAAGAAGACCACGCAGCCAAAGCUGUGA